CUCUCAGCAGAGAUGGCCCUGGCCCACGACCUCUAUGGCACCCCAGCCUCCAGGCUGGACUCCUUCGUGGCUCAGUGGCUGCAGCCCAGCCGGAAAUGGAAAGAAGAGGUGCUGGAGGCGGUGCGCACGGUGGAGCAGUUCCUGAGGCAGGAGUUCUUCUCCUGGGAGAGAGGGCUGGACCAGGAGGUGCAGGUGCUGAAGGUGGUCAAGGUGGGCUCCUUUGGGAACGGCACGGUGCUCAGGGGCACCACGGACGUGGAGCUGGUGGUGUUCCUGAGCUGUUUCCACAGCUUCCAGGAAGAGGCCAAACGGCACCAAGCCAUCCUGAGACUGUUAAGGAAAAAAGUGUGCUGUUGCCAGGACCUGCUGGACCUCGGGCUCAGUGAUCUGAGUGUGGCCCAAGGAGUCCCAGACGCUCUCAUCCUCACCAUCCAGGCUGGAGAGACUGCAGAGCCCAUCAGUGUCACCAUCAUUCCUGCCUACGGGGUCCUGGGGCCUUCUGUUCCCAACUCUGAGAUACCCCCAGAUAUCUAUGUGAGUCUGAUCAAGGCCUAUGGGUACCCUGGAAAUUUCUCCCCAUCCUUCAGUGAGCUGCAGAGAAACUUUAUAAAACAUCGGCCCACAAAGGUGAAGAGCCUCCUACGGCUGGUAAAACACUGGUACCGGCAGUAUGUGAAAGCCAAGUGCCCCAGGGCCAACCUGCCUCCUCCCUAUGCCCUGGAGCUGCUGACCAUCUACGCCUGGGAGAUGGGCACCCAGGAGCAGGAGAGCUUCAGUUUGGCUGAAGGCCUCACCACCGUGAUGGAACUGUUGCAGGACACUGAACUCAUCUGCAUUUACUGGACCAAGUACUACACACUCCGGCACCCAGUCAUCGAGGGUGCUGUCAGAAAACAGCUCAAAAAAGAGAGGCCCAUCAUCCUGGACCCAGCAGACCCCACCCACAAUGUGGCAGAAGGGUACAGAUGGGAUAUAAUGGCUCAGAGGGCCUGCCAGUGCCUGAAACAGGACUGCUGCUAUGACGGCAACAACACCCUGGUCCCGGUCUGGGAUGUGAAGAGAGCAAGAGAUAUCCAGCUAACAGUGGAGCAGUGGGGUCACUCGGAUUUGAUCCUCUGGAUGAACCCUUAUGAGUCCAUAAAGAAAGUGAAAGAAAAAAUCCGACAGAGCCGGGGCUACGCAGGCCUGCAGCGCUUGUCCUUCCAGGAGCCCGGGGACGAGCGGCAGCUCCUCAGCAGCCAUUGCUCGCUAGCCUAUUACGGGAUCUUCUCCGACACCCACAUCUGCCUGCUGGACACUGUAUCCCCAGAGAUCCAGGUCUUUGUGAAGAACCCGGAUGGGAGGAGCCACGCCUACGCCAUCCACCCCUACCACCUCGUCCUGGGCCUGAAGCAGAAGAUUGAGGACAGGCAGGGGCUGCCCAGCAAGCAGCAGCAGCUGGAGUUCCGGGGCCACGUCCUGCAGGACUGGUUCAAUUUUGGGUGCUAUGGCAUCCAGGACAGCGACACAAUCGUCCUGUCCAAGAAGAAGGCGGAAGAGGCUCUAUUUCCAUCCACUUAGUUUCCUCGGCGAAGCUGCUCUGCACAUGUCUGCCACCAGAUCCAGAAGUCAGGACUGGGAGUACACAGCUCAGGAGUAGAGCAUUUGCGCACUAUGUAUGAGGUCCGGGUUUAAUUCCUAGCAUUGCAGAAGAAAGGAAGGAAGGAAAGAAAAAGAAUAUCAGAGCUGAGCCUCAACUCCCCCCACCCCCGUUCUCUGCAAGAGCGAGGUCUCCCAUCUUCAUCAGCUUUAUAAGCAGUUCUCCCAGCCCUGCCAGCAGGGACUAAAUAUACAAAGGGACAGUGGCCAAGACCUGUGUGACCACAGGGUGUUUUCACCCACAACCUCUGCAGCAACAACCAACCAGACACCAAGUCACGACUGAGUCGGUAACCGCCACCUUCUCUAAUUUCCCACGCCACUCGAUCCCACUUCUAGUUUAAGACCAGCCA